AUGGCUGAAGUUGACUUCGGCGAUAGUGAGCUCUUUGAGCAGAUUGAUGACUCUGCACCGCAGGUUGCGAAGCACAUUCGCUUCACAGACGAUGGAGAAGACCAAGAAGAGAAGAGCCAUCUUAAGAGCAGACUGGAGGAGUGUGAUGACUACAUUCAGAGGCUUACUGAUGAGAAUGAAGGUUUGAGAAGAAAACAGAACAUCCUGACACGACCAAGCGGCAUCACAGUUGAAGAUGUCAACUUUGACGGGCCAGUUCUUCAAAUCCUUUAUGCAAACAACGCUAUUUCAAAGCAGUGUCGUCAAGAAAUUGAAGAUUGCAUCUGCAGUGUGAUUUUGAAGCAUCAGAAACCAAGCAAUGAAAAGAAAAAAUCCACCUCUCACAUAAAACCUCAGAAUUCUGCUUUUGCUAUGGAUGAAGAUCCACAGAAGUCGUCUUCCAGUAGUGUAAGAACAAGAACAGAAGCCUUUAAAGUGGUUGGAAGUGUCUUAUAUUUCACUACUUUCAGUCUUGAUAAACUGGGACAGCCUCUGGUAAAUGAAAACCCCCAGCUGACAGAUGGAUGGGAUAUUCCAAAUUAUCUCCAGGUUUUCAACCAAGUCAUUGGUACAGAUGGACAGGAAAUAGAAAUGAAAGACAAAAGACCCAAAUCGAUGUGUUUCAACUGCGGUUCGAGUGGUCAUCAGCUGAGAGACUGUCCCAAGCCAAAAGACAUGGCGGCAAUUAAUGAGAGAAGAAAGGAAUUUAAUCAGAACAACAACCAGGCCAUGCAGAGUAACCAGCGAUACCAUGCUGAUGAAGUGGAGGAGCGGUUUGCUAAAUACAAGCCAGGAGUCAUGAGUGAGGAACUGUUGAUGGCUCUGGGAAUGGAUGGCAACACCAUCCCUCCUCUGAUUUAUCGCAUGAGGCAGCUAGGCUACCCACCAGGUUGGCUCAAAGAGGCAGAGAUGGAAAACUCUGGCUUAACUCUGUACGAUGGAAAUGUUUCAAAUGAUGGUAAUACAAUGGACUCCACCAACUCACAAAACAUCUCUUAUGACGUUUCCAAACUGGUAGAUUUCCCAGGCUUCAAUGUACCUGCACCAAACAAAAUGAAAGAUGAGUUCAUGCAAUAUGGUUCUAUUCCAAUGCAAAAUAAUCACAUGAAGCACAACUAUGCAGCCUACCUGUCCAACAACUUCCCUAUGCCUGACGCCACCUGCAACAAGAGACGGAAUGAAUCUGACUCAUCUCCACAGCUAAGGAAGAAAACAAGAUUCAGCCCUAAUGGGAACUCAGAUAGGAGCUCAGACAUGGAUAUUGAAUCAGACCCAGGAACUCCUUAUCAUACUCAUGGCCCAGGUGACUUCCAGUUCCAACCUCCGCUGCCCCCUGGCUCGCCUUGUUUCAGUUCACCUCCUCCUUUACCCCAGGGCACUCCUCCUGCCACACCCACUCCUCCACCUCUCCCUAAAGGUACACCUCCCCUCACACCCACCAACGGCUCUCCGGCUCUGCAAGGGCGUAACUGGGCAGUAGUUGAUGAGACUGCGGAGGGAACAGAGGAUGACCUGACACUGGAGGAACUAGAGGAGCAGCAGAGGCUGAUUUGGGCAGCUUUAGAAAAUGCUGACACUGCCACCAGUAGUGACUGUGAGACACCUGCAAUGGGAACACCUGUACCCAGUUCACCAAGUGUGUCCACACCUGUGCAUGUAGACACAGAAACGGAGGAUGUUGAAGAAGCAAUGGACACAACAAAACCCGCAGAAACGUGUCAUAGCAGUGAAACACAAAAAGAACCAGGGGUUCAGGAGAUUUGCUCUGGGGGCCCAGAGGGCCCUGGAUCAAUCAAAGUUGAGGAUGACAGUCCUCAGAGCCCUGAACCAGUCAAAGCCAAAGACGACAGCCCUCAGAGUCCUGGUCCAGUCAAAGCCCAAGAUGACAGCCCACAGAGCCCUGAUCCAAUCAGAUGCAAGGAGGAUAGCCCACAGAGCCCUGAUCCAAUCAAAUACCAGGAAGACACCCCUCAAAGCCCUGUGCCAGAUUUCUCUAAUGGAGGGGCUGGGGAUUGUGCUUCUCCUCAGCAUGUCGAGAAGGUAACAGCUGUUCCUCAUCGGAGCAACUUUGCAGCAGGCAUCGUUCCAUUUGAAGAUACACCAGAAUUCACUGAAGUUGCUGCAGCCACAGGGACAUACCUUAAGAUCAGAGACUUACUUAAAAGUUCCCCUCGAAAUUUGACUAAGAAAAAAUAAAAUUUACCGUCAUGAACUUGAACAGAAGAAUACAUGGAUAUUUUUUAAGCAAAAACUUAUAUUUUCGUUUUCAUGACCAUCCUAUAAAGCAUGUUUUUUAGCUUUUUAUUUUGUACCAAGUUGAAUGUCUAUGCUAUUUGAUCUGUAAACAUACAAUGAGGGAGGGGCAGUGAAGGACGCUGCAACAGCAAUUAUUUGGAGGUUUUUACCAAUUAGUCUUUUUUUUGUAGAAAUAAUAUAGUCAUGCAGUUUAUUUUAUUGUAAAAUUUGUCCAAUGGUAAUUUCCUUACCUGUAUUAAUUGUACUAUGGUGUUUACAUGGCUUUUUCUAUUUUUGUCCCACUUGAAUUGCUCUAAAAUCUUUAAGAAAACAUGCUUGUAUUUGCUUCAAUGUGUUAUUUUGUCUGGUAGCCAUGGCUAGAUGUGGGUUUGCGUUCAUUUUUCUGUGUGUUGACAGCAUGGUUGGCCAAAUAGGGGAACUAAGUUGUAGUUAAUUUUUAGCAGAGCUUUGUGAACAGGUUGACCCUCUGUUGGUGUAAUCGGCUGACUUGCUGAUUUUGAUGCACAUUGCAAAUGAAAUUGCAUAUAAUUGGUAGUCUGCAUUACAACAAUUUGCAUUUUAUUGCGAUGACAUUAGAAAUCUUCAUAUAUGGUCAACAUUUUUUCUUGCCUGAACCAUUCAUCAAAUUCAUAUCACAACUGAAAUAAAGUUCAUUCUCCCCUUCCAAACUGAUUUACCAGCAAAAAGGCACCAUAGACUGUUCAAAUACAGAUUUUAACACAACCUAGAAGAAGCAACAUGCUAGACCCUAAUGACUCUAACCAUGACUCGCAAUCAUGGUAGCCAAGCUAACACUACAGCUGAGUAGGUCAGAAUGAACAAAACAAGGGAUUUGAAGAAAAGACAACAUCUGAUCGACUAAUCAGGACAUUCUGAUCUGAUCUGAACUGAGACAAAAUAAAACAAAAAUCAUGUGUCCUUAUUCUGAAAGGCGAGCUUUCAUGACUAAGUCAUGGUUAGAUAAAUAAAAUGGUUGCCUGAUGGGUUUCCUUUUGGCAUGAAAAUUGGUAUUUCUAAUCAUUUUACAGAUGCUAUUUAGAAUAUUUAUUGCGAAAUUAUGACAUACUGUGUGAAAGUCAUGGGAAUUUCCCAACAAAGUGAAUGCUAUGCAAUUGUGGUCCCAAUGACUUUUCAGUCAAAAAUACUUGCAC